AUGGCAGCCACCGAACAUUGUGUUUUCUGCUUUGAGGUUCUCACGGCGCACUUUGAAGAUCGCGAACCCCUCCCACUCGCCAAGGUCGAAAAGUCGUGGGCCGCAUACCUGGUCGCCUCCAACAGCGCCGCAAUCAAGCAGUCCCCCGCGGUGCGCCGCGUCGCAGACCUCUCGGCAGACCACUCCUCGGGUUCCUCGGCAGCCAGUAGCACCACGUCGCUGGCAACGGACACGGCGGCUACCACGCCCGCGGGCCCAAGUGAGCUCUCGCUGUCCUCGUCCUCGGCCGCCGCGGCGCCAAAAGAGUCCCCGCUGUUUGUGACGUUGAACACGAUCCACCCGCGGCGCGGCUCCCAGCUGCGCGGAUGCAUCGGCACGUUCGAGCCGCAGCCGCUCGAGGAGGGUCUGGCAUCGUACGUGCUGACCUCAGCGCUGCACGACACGCGCUUCGACCCCGUGCGCGCCUCGGAGCUGCCCUCGCUCGAGGUUGCCGUCACGCUGCUGACCGACUUUGAGGACGCCAAAGACGCCGACGACUGGAUCCUCGGCACCCACGGCCUGCGCAUCAGCUUCUACCACGGGGGACGCCGCUACGGCGCCACCUACCUCCCAGAUGUCGCCCCCGAACAGGGCUGGACCAAGGAGGAAACGAUUAUCAGCCUCAUGCGCAAGGCCGGCUGGCUGGGCCGCAAGGACAAGUGGCGCGAGGUCGACCUCAAGGUCGUCAGGUACCAGGGCAGGAAGGUCAGCUUGGAGUAUUCCGCUUACAAGGCCUGGAGGGACUGGGCGGAUGAGAACCCCGCGGCGGCGGCUGUGGCAUGA